AGGUUGAUGACGUGUCGCCAGCCAAGAUGGUGAAGAAACAACGUGGGAAAACAGCUCCGGCUCCCAAACCGGCCGCGGCGGAAAGUUUCGGCUCUCCGCUCGACUCCAGCGACGACGAGGCGCCGGAGGAGGUGACGUUCCAGGCGUCCAAGGCGUCGGCGUUGCAGAGCCUCAAGCGGGCGCUGGACACCGCCAGGAGGGAGAAGGAGCUGCUGAAGGAGAAGAGGAGGAGGAGGCAGGAGCUGUUUCAGGAGCAGAAGAAAAGGAAACUCCUGCCCACGGACGUGUUGGAGGAAAUCGAUGCAGCAUCUCCGGAGAAGAAGAAGAGGCAGCAGCAGCAGCAGGCGUGUGAAGAGCGAGAAGCAGAGCAGCCGGAGGAUGACGAGGAUGAAGACGAGGAAGGAGAACGAUCAGCGAAAGAGGACGAGGGACAAAACAAAAUGCCGAAUGUGCGCAGUCUGAAGGGAAACUACACGGUGCAGACGGUGAAGGAGCGAGCGCUGGCCUCCUCGCAGCAGCAGGUGGCGCUGGACUUCCUCCAGUCCAGACUCUACGGCCCAGGAAGCUGCAGGACCACAAGCAACGAGCUCCUCUCCCUUCAGAACAAGAGGGGCAGGAAGAAGAGCGCCGCCGUGCAGUUUGUCAACAAAGGCUGGGCCUCCGAGCACAAAGCCAAAGCAGAGAAGCUCAAGAAGCGAUGGAUCCACAAACAGCAGGUUCCCUCCGGCUGACGGGACGCGCCCCACACACCUCGGACACACACACACACACACACACACACACACGCACACACACACAGAGCUGAGCAUCACAAACUUUUCUGGUAUCAUUGCAACUUCAGGGUUACUGAAAACCUCGAGGAUGUUUAUUUCCUUUUUUUUUUUUUUUCUCUGUUUGCUCAGUUUGGUCAGAUUUGGUGAUAAAAAUGUUCGAUUCAGGGCAGAAUUCUUUUGGAAAAGUGCUGUUUAAUCGGUGCUGGAGUUUUAACUUUUUUUCUGACUGAGCUGAGGGGUUUUGGAGGAGGAAGAAGAGGAGGAGGAACCAGCGCUGUGACCUGCACUUCUCAACGUCAGAGAUUUUCCACUCAGAUGUUUGUGGAGCGCCGUUUGACAAAUUAUUCCAAGGAGCUGUUUUUGUUUUUGUUACAUACGAUUUAGUGCCGAGUCUGACGGAGGAUCCUACGACCGCGGGCUUGAGUCACUGUAGGGGAAAAAAUGAUAGAGCCGGGGGAGGGGGAGUAAUAUUGAGGAAAAAACUCACGACUUUCAAGAUUAAAGUUGUAAAUUGACAAGAAAAAAACUAAAAUAUUCUCAGGUUAAAGAGGUAAAUUUAUGAGGAAAAACACACAAGUUUGUGAGGGGAAAAUUUUUUUUUCCUAUACUUAAGAGGGAACCACACACUGCAGUUUCUGUCUUGUAGUCUUCCUCCUGCAGUGGCUCGAGGGCGCCGCCACACAGUCCUGAUCAGAACAGACGUUUGAUUCAUAUAUUCUGCUCGGGGUUUUUAUCAACAUCUAUUGCUCACACAGUAAAUCAGCCAGAGAUCAGUUUCCUUCCCUGAAUUAACGAGAAAGUUACCGCAGAACUCUGAGAUCUGCAAGGUGAUGCGCUUCUGGUGCUGCAAAUCUCAGAAAACAGAAAAGCACCGAGACGCUGGGAGGUUUUGUGCCUUUGAGUCUGAAGUGACAAAUUAAAAAGAGACUCUGUUCGGUUUUUGCUUCUAUGGAUCAAGAUCGCCUAAAUCGUCUAAACAAAGUGUUGAACAGUAUUACACAGUAUACUUUUUCAAACCUUUUUGGAUCUCAUCUCUGACAAAAAGACCAAAACUAAACUGAAAUAGAAAACAAAAAGUCUAAAUGAGGAGAAUCUCUGGAGCUGCUCAGCGCCUCACUCACUCUUUAUGUUGGUUUUCCCUUUAACUCUUUUCCCGCCUGUAGGUGGCGCUGUUAUUGGUCUGUUGUCCCCCUAAAGUGGACUCCCACUUUCAGGACAUGGUGCAGGGAAGGAUCAUUCACAAACCAACAGGAUCUGAGUUUGGGAGAGAAAGACUUUUAUUUUGAAGGGAUGAGGUGGAUGAGAGAGGAUUAAAGAUUUGUGAAGGUUUUAUUGGUUUGAAUUUUAAUGUACACCCACUGCAGGAUGAUGAUGUCACUGUUUAAGAUGCUAGAUAUGCUUCCAAUAAAGAAACAAAAAAUAAAUUUAGAAUUGUUUCCUGACUUGGGGUCCCUUUGUUCUCGUGCAAACAACUUGAACUUGUUAAAAAAUACUUCAUGAAUAAAUACUUUUACUGUAUUUUUUUUUUUUUUUUUAAAUCUGUAAUUUCCUCACCAGUGUGACUGAGCACGGGCGCUGGUUCCAGUCUGCAGUUUAACACCAUGACUGGACAUACUGGGGCUCCAGAGUCCUGCUCAAAGGCACGCAGGCACGCGUUCAUUGAGCUCCUGCAUCCGAUCUUCAAGUGGACAUGAACUAAGUUUCCUGCGCUGACUCCAUCCUCGCUGUCUUAAAGAAACCCGCUGUGGUUUUCCUUGUGAAAACACGUUUUGUUUUUAUACUUCUGGCCAAAACGUUGCAUCAGCAGAGGAAGUUAAAGGUUUGCACUCAAAGUCUUUUUGUACGUUUUAAUAAAACAUUUAGAGGGAAGGAGCAGAGAGACAUUUUGGUCUGGCCCUUCAGCGAAGUAGCAGCCAGCUGAAUGAUUUAUUAAAGCGUAGAUUUUUAUUUUAUUUAUUUUUUAAAUGU